CGGACGCCGGAGCGGUUGGGACUUCGCCUUGCUUCUUCUCAUUAGCCUCAAGUGCGCGGACGGCCGAGAUCUCAUCAGAGGAGCAGAACUUCAUCUAACCACACCAUUCAUGUGAGAAUGUGGAAAUCACUCACAGGGUGGUGGACACAAUACUGGAAACUGGGAGAAGAUAAUUACUACGGAGUUAAACUGCACCACGGCGCUGCAGGAGAGCGUGAAGAUCCACAGUGGGCAUCAUUACUGCAGCCGUGUGGGUGCAGCUCAAGCAAUACUUACUCUCUGUUACAGGACUCGAGAAAACGUACAGCGGGGGAAUCGGCUCCGGAUUCGUCCUCGGCCGGCGGCACGCUACCUCACUUCCUGCAGGAGCCCGAGGACGCCUACAUCGUCAAGAGCCAGCCAAUCAGGCUGCGCUGCCGGGCCGCGCCCGCCCUCCAGAUCUUCUUCAAGUGCAACGGGGAAUGGGUCCAUCAGAACCAGCACGCGGUGCAGGAGUACAGCCAGCAGAACAGCGGGCUGAAGGUUCGAGAGGUGAUGAUAAACGUCUCCCGGCAGCAGGUGGAGGAUUUCCACGGUCCCGAGGAUUACUGGUGUCUGUGUGUGGCCUGGAGUCACCUGGGUACGUCCAAGAGCCGCAAAGCCACCGUCCGCAUCGCCUAUCUGAGGAAGAAUUUUGAGCAGGACCCCCAGGGAAAGGAGGUGCCCAUCAGAGGCAUGAUAGUGCUGCACUGCCGCCCUCCAGAGGGCAUACCCGCCGCCGAGGUGAACUGGCUGAAGAACGACGAGACGGUGAGCUCCCUAGACGACGACAACAUCGACACCCGCGCCGACCACAACCUGAUCAUAAACCAGGCGCGGCUGUCCGACUCGGGGAACUACACCUGCGUGGCUAGCAACAUCGUCGCUAAGAGACGCAGCGCCACGGCGACCGUGGUCGUCUUCGUGAACGGCGGCUGGUCCCUGUGGACGGAGUGGUCCCAGUGCAGCGUGGACUGCGGUAGAGGCGUGCACAAGAGGUCCCGGACCUGCACCAACCCCGCCCCUCUGAACGGGGGGGCGUUCUGCGAGGGCAUGUCGGUCCAGAAGAGCACCUGUAACGCACCCUGUCCUGUGGACGGAGGGUGGGACGAGUGGAGCGCCUGGACGGCGUGCAGCGCUCAGUGCGAGAGGCAACGAUGGAGGGAGUGUAGCGCCCCGCCCCCUCGGAACCGGGGCCGCGCCUGCGAGGGUAAAGCUCGGGACGUGAAGAACUGCACCGGCGACACGUGCCUCCAGGAUGGGAAGAUGCUGCAUGAUGUGAACCCUCAGAGUAUGGACGGCUCCGGGGACGUGGCGCUGUAUUCGGGCCUGGCGGCGGGUGCCAUCGCCGUUACCAUCCUGGCGGUGUCGGUGACUCUGUACCGGCGGAACCACAGCGAGUACGGCGUGGACGUCAUCGACUCGUCCGCCAUCGCCGGCGGCUUCCAGUCCUUCAACUUCAAAUCCACCAGACAAGGCAACCCGCCGCUCUUGAACUCCUCCGCCCGACCCGAGCAGACCUACAGCUUCCGCGACUCGGUGGGCAAAGAGCUGUUCGACCCGCUGCCCGACGCCACGGCCAAGGUCCAGGGCUCCUUCGCGGCCGAGUACCACGCCAAGGCUUACCCGCAGGGCCUGUCGUCACCCGUGCCCUCCAACAACGGGCCCUACAGCGCCCGUCUGAAGAGCACCGGCGUGUUCGGGCACCAGGGAGGACGUCUGGUCAUGCCCAACGCAGGAGUCAGUCUGCUGGUGUCUCAUGGGGCCAUAGCUGAGGACACGUCCUGGGAAAUGUACAUGCUCAUCAAUCAGGAGGAGUCCAGCGCUCCGUCGCUAGAGAGGGGCGAGAUCCUGCUGGGGCCGGAGGUCACGUACGGCCCCCCGGGCCUGAGCCUGAACUCUCCUGUCGCCAUGACGAUAGCCCACUGCGCCGAGGUGGUCGGCGAGAGCUGGAGCGUCCGCCUGAAGAGGAAGACGAAGGAGGACGAGUGGGAGGAAGUAAUGUCGGCGGAGGACGAGUCGACUUCCUGUUACUGCCUCCUGGACUCUGGGCGGUGCCACCUGCUGCUCAGCGAGCCGGGCUCGUACGCCCUGGUGGGAGAGGCGCUCAGCGACGGCGCCGCCAAGAGGCUGAAGGUGGCGGUGUUCGGCAGCUCCCACUCGUCCAUGAACUACAGCCUGAGGGUUUACUGCAUGGACGACACGCCUUACGCCUUUCAGGGAGUUGUGGCGGCGGAGAGCAGCAGACAAGGUUUGCUCCUGGAGGAACCCAAGACUCUGCUGUUUAAAGACAACACCUACAGUCUCCAGAUCUCCAUCCAGGACCUGCCCCAGUUCCCAUGGAGCAUCAAACCCUUUAGUACCUGUCAGGAGUUCAGCUUCUCUCAGGUGUGGAGCAGUAACCAGCGGCCCCUGCACUGUGCCUUCUCUCUCGAGCGCUUCAGCGUCGCCACCACACAGCUCUCCUGCAAGAUCAGCGUGCGCCAGGUCAAGGGUCACGAGCAGAUCCUGCAGGUCUACACCUCCGUCCAAGAGAGGGAGAAGGAGACGCUGCCGUUUUUUAUGCAGGCCGACUGCACGGUCACCUCCCAGACGGGCGCCAAAGCCUUUAAAAUCCCGCCGUCCAUCCGACAGCGCAUCUGCGCCACCUUCGACACUGCCAACACCAAGGGCAAGGACUGGCAGCUCCUCGCCCAGAAGCUCCACAUACAGAGAAACCUGUCGUAUUUCGGCGAGCAGCGCAGCCCGUCGGGCGUGAUCCUCAGCCUGUGGGAGGCGCGGCACCAGGCCUCCGGGGACCUGGACUCGCUGGCCAGCGCCCUGGAGGAGAUCAGCAAGAUCCACACCAAGAGCGCGCCGCCGAGCCCGGACCACCCCGAGCCCGAGUACAAUCAGUGACCGAGGGACACGGACCCCGAACUCGGGGCGAGGCGGACGAUCGGGUCCCGGUCCGGGAUGGGUGCAGCAACAGUGAAAUGACAGAGGAACACCUGAGGGAGUGAAGAGGAGAACCCAGGCUGUACCGCGUAUAUCUCUGUCACGACGAGGGUCGGCCGGCGUUCUCAUCACGUUACCGUUUCCUUUCCUUCAGCAGGGCCGCGCGGGUGUGGGGGGGCUCGGACCUUUAGCGCCCCCGUGAGCUCCUGCGUAACCGCUACGCGCUCUGGUUGCCACCCGGUUCCCCGGCGAGCGAGGGUCUUUUUUUUCCCGCACACUGUGUCGACGCUCUCUCGGUUAUCUAGCCCAGGCGGGCGAGGAUGAAUAAAAUAUUAGCGGUUUAUUUUAGUUAUUUUCUCCGGGAUUCGGCUCGGCGAGGGCUUAGCGCGCGGCGCAGGAUGGAGGAAGAGCCGGCUUAGCCGCGGCGCACACGUGUUUCAGUCAGAUAAGAACGGCGGGCGGGGGGACGUCGGUCCGUCACGUCUGUCGCGGUCAGAUGUUCAACAAAUUUGUCUCAGUCGGAGAGACGCGGCGCUUCCUCUGACCGCUGCACAGCCGUUAGAGGAAACUGAGAGACUGGUAUUAACCAAACAUCGUUCUGUACCUAUAAAUCAACAGCCUGGUGAAGGCUUGUACUGAUUGUUAGCGACGUUAGCGUUGCUGCAGUGCAGACGUUCACCCGCCAAACACUUUCGUUACGUUGUGUAGAUUAUUGUUUCUGUUGUUUUUUGGGAGCGGUGAUACAGGAUCACUGAUCCACCCGUAAUCCUCUCGCUGGAGAUCUUCUGGAGAUCUUCCUGCACCGUCUUCUCCACGCUAGGAUUCUCGUGCCUUGUAUAAACACUGUAGACCGCGAGCGUCGGACCGAACCGUUCGGGUCGAGGGGUGAGAGAACGUCCGGGGUUGAGUGUGGCGGGGCUUCGUCAUGUACUGUAUUAAACCUCUGGACAUUUUGGACAUUUUCUGUACAGUAGAUCUGCUGAUGUAUCUGCAGCCUUUUGGAGAAUAAAUGUACAGCUGAACGUU